UUUCUCCCGGUCUUUUCGGAAAUACGCGGCGUAGUUGCACAAAUAAAAAGCAACAGAACAGAAACAACAAAAGCAACAAUUAUAAAAUAUUAUAAGCCAGCCAAUUGGUGUGUGUAUGUGUGUGUCGGUACAACGUACAGACAAGAGAAAAACACACACAAAAUAAAAACGAAAAGAAACAUCCAGUAGUCGAUCGAUCCUCCCCGUUCAGAUCGUGUGGAAGGUGACUGGAAGUGCAAGUGGUAGAAAGCGGCGCGGGCCCUGGGCGACACACGAUAGAUAACAGUUUGGAAAAGUUAAAUAAUAUUUGUAUAAUAUUAUAAGGAAUAUUCGAAAUUCGAAAAGUCUACACCAGACACAUAAAUAUAUAUAAAAACUAAUCAAAAAUGCACCCAAACAACAAUAUCAACAUCCACAACAACCAAAAUAGACUCAAUAAUAAUAACAAUAAUAUUAACAAUAAUAUACCCAACAACAACAACGUUUUCUAUCAACAAAAACAACAUACAUUUAUACGGUACUUGGAUCGUGUUACGACAUCAAAACUCUUAAUAAGCGGCAUACCGAUGCAAACACGUUUCGAAGACAUCGAACCGCUACUGAAGCCCUUCGGCAUCGUGAAACAAUGCGAGGCUAUUUCUAGUAAGGACCAAUCUACUCAAACAGUACAUAUUACAUUCGAAAACCCUGAGCAGGCGCAAAGAGCUGCUGGCGGCCUGAACGGAGUCGAAUUUGAGGGCAACAAGCUCCAUUGCGAGCAACUGGAUAAAAACCAGCGUCGCAGUCAGCGCAAUCAGCGCAAUCCGUACCCGGGAAUGCCGGGACCCGGGCGCCAGGCUGACUUUCCGCUGCGUAUUCUCGUCCAGAGUGAAAUGGUUGGGGCCAUUAUCGGACGACAGGGCAGCACGAUCAGGACAAUCACACAGCAGAGUCGGGCCCGUGUGGAUGUGCAUCGCAAGGAGAAUGUCGGCUCCCUGGAGAAGUCGAUCACGAUCUAUGGAAAUCCGGAGAAUUGCACCAAUGCCUGCAAGCGCAUUCUGGAGGUGAUGCAACAGGAGGCCCUCUCCACGAAUAAGGGUGAAAUCUGCCUAAAGAUACUGGCCCACAACAAUCUGAUUGGUAGGAUCAUUGGAAAGUCUGGCAACACCAUCAAACGGAUCAUGCAGGACACCGAUACGAAGAUCACCGUCAGCUCGAUCAAUGACAUUAACAGCUUCAAUCUGGAGCGCAUCAUCACGGUGAAGGGUUUGAUCGAGAAUAUGUCGCGGGCCGAGAACCAGAUCAGCACCAAACUGCGCCAGAGCUACGAAAAUGACCUACAGGCGAUGGCACCGCAGAGCCUUAUGUUCCCCGGCCUCCAUCCCAUGGCAAUGAUGUCGACACCCGGCAAUGGCAUGGUCUUUAACACAAGCAUGCCGUUCCCAUCGUGUCAGAGCUUUGCCAUGUCCAAGACGCCGGCCAGCGUGGUGCCGCCCGUCUUCCCCAAUGAUCUGCAGGAGACGACAUAUCUCUAUAUACCGAACAAUGCCGUUGGAGCGAUCAUCGGCACCAAAGGCUCCCAUAUACGCAGCAUAAUGCGAUUCUCGAAUGCAUCCCUUAAAAUUGCACCCCUCGAUGCCGACAAGCCGCUGGACCAACAAACGGAACGUAAAGUAACGAUUGUUGGCACACCGGAGGGUCAGUGGAAGGCGCAGUAUAUGAUCUUUGAGAAGAUGCGCGAAGAGGGCUUCAUGUGCGGCACCGACGAUGUUCGUCUAACUGUCGAACUGCUUGUGGCAAGCUCUCAGGUCGGUCGUAUUAUCGGCAAGGGAGGCCAGAAUGUGCGCGAACUGCAGCGCGUGACGGGCAGUGUCAUCAAGCUGCCAGAGCAUGCCUUGGCCCCGCCAGCAGGCGGUGAUGAGGAGACGCCCGUUCACAUCAUUGGGCCAUUCUACAGCGUACAGUCCGCCCAGCGUCGCAUCCGGGCAAUGAUGCUGUCCACGAAUCCGCCGCCAGUGACCAAGAAACAGAAAGCUGCCAAAGAACAACUGCAACAACAGCAACUGAGCUUAGCCGGUGCUGCGACCAGUGGAUCCCAGCAGCUACAGCAACAGCAGCAGCAACUUUCGCCAACGUUGCAGCAGCAGCCACUGCCGCCGCAAUCGCAUCAUCAAUCUGUGUCGGCAUCGUCGUCGUCAUCGCCGCCUGCCCAUCAUCAGCAGCAGCAGCAGCAAGCGUCAUCGGCAGCGACCUCGCACCAAUUGCAGCAGCAACCGUCGCCGCCACUGAGCGCCAGCAAUGAAACUCUGGCCGCCUCCCAGCAGCAGCUGGCGAGCUCUCAGCAGUAAGAAGCAGUAAGCAGAAAAAUCAUUAGGGAACGAGGAAGGAGAAGAUGUAGCGUCGCAACCAACAAAAGCAACAGCCACAACAGAAAUUGGAGGCUGCAACCAGCAUACAUUGAUAUCAGCAAUAGCCAAGGCAGGGUUUUCUUUUAUGUACUACUACUACCACAACUAAUACUACUACCACUACUAUCGAUACUACCUCCGACCCUUGUCUC